AUGCACGAAUUUGUCGAUGCUGCAAAAUCUGGUACGCAUUUACAAGUCGGGUGGUCAGAUUCAGCAUAUACGGCAAGUAAAAUAAGCGUUAGCGCCUUAGCUGGUAUUCAUCAAUCCAUGUUCAAUGCAGAUCCCCGAGAAGACAUUACGGUGAAUGCUGUACAUCCUGGUUAUGUAGAUACUGAUGCUACUUUGCAUAAAGGAAUUUUGACACCAGAUCAAGGGGCUGUAGCUCCUGUUUACUGCGCAUUGUUGCCGAAAAAUACAGAGAUAAAAGGAAAAUUUAUCUGGUACGAUAAGACAUUAGCAGAUUGGAAGUAA